AUGAAGUUGGACGCCGAGUCGCGCAAGCAAUGGGAGUUGCAGGUCAGAGCCCAUGUACUCGGAACUCUUACGUCAGUUUUACCUGAAAGGACAUUUGCUUUAGUAGAUUGGCCUGAGAUCGCUAAUAUUGAAUUAGCUGACCCGAACUUUAAUUCCCCAAACAAAAUUGACGUUUUGUUAGGAGCCGAGACUUAUUGUCAUAUUUUAAAGGAGGGACUAAUUAAAGCCCCGCAAGGCACGCCUAUUGCCCAAGACACUUACCUCGGAUGGAUCCUCUCCGGACCAAUUGAAGAUUUGCGUAAGGAGUGUCAUCACAAUGUUAUUGUCAGCAUGCACACACAUGUUGAAGAAAAUGACUUGCUGAAACGAAUAUGGGAGCUAGAACCAGAACCAGUUUCCCUCAAGAAGCGUCUAACGCAAGAAGAACAGGCUUGUGAAGACUACUACGAUGCUACCACUCGAAGAGAUGAGUCUGGCCGAUACGUUGUGAAUCUUCCUUUCCGAUGCGCGGAUCCUCCAUGUAAGUAUGGAAACUCGAAGAACAUCGCCGUGAAGAGACUUCAAGGUCUUGAACGGAAGUUCUUGAAACACCCUGAAAUUAAAAAACAAUACACAGAAGUGAUUAAUGAGUACUUGACACUUGGGCACAUGGAAAAGAUCACAGAUGAAACUCAAAGAAACAAACCUGAUGCGGUAUAUCUGCCACAUCAUGCGGUGAUUAGGGAGGAUAAGAGCACUACCAAGUUAAGGGUGGUUUUUGAUGCAUCGUGCAAGGGAACGAACGGCUUUUCCUUGAAUGAUACCUUAAUGGUAGGACCCACACUGCAAGCAGAUUUACGACACAUUAUCAUGAAGUGGCGCGUUCAUCCUAUAUGCCUGUCUGCUGAUGUUAUUAAAAUGUUCAGACAGGUGUCGACUUCGCAGGCCCCAUAA